GUGUUAAAAGAGACUAAAACACCGUUCGGAAAAACUAACGGAAAAAUGAGAUUACUUCUUCUAUUGGGUAUCAUUAUCUACGUGACCGUUGCUGAUGAAACGCCGGGAUUUUUCAUCAAACUAUCGAAAAGUGUUCCGCGCAUCGGUCGGCGAGGUGAUUUCGAAAACUUCUUCCUCAAACAGUCUAAAAGUGUACCCAGAAUAGGCCGACGUGGUGGAUAUUUUGCAACUUCCAACAACUGGUUCGACCGAUUGAUGAGCCCCGCCAAGCGGCCACUGAUGACCGAGGACAGUGAAAGCGAUGUCAAUCGUGGCGUUUACAACAAAGUUCGACCCCUGGACCUUCAUCACAUCAUCGACAUUCUCUCGGACGAUCUGUUCUUCGGGUCGGAUCUGAAGUUUAUCUCGUGGGAUGUCCUGGACAAGGCCCUGGAGGAAGAUCCGGAACUGCUCGGCAAGCUGAGUGCCCUGGCUCGGGAUAAAGAAGUGCACCAGUUGAAACAGCUGCUGACAGAUAACAAGGAUGAACUGAUCCAGUACGUCCCGCUCGAAGGCACCGGAGGCGGCCAACCGGCCAACAUUCACUCGAGCAAGGCCUAUAUUUAUCGCACUGAUCGGGAUCCCCAAGACCAGCAACAGCAACAACAUCAGCAGCAGCUCGGUCAUCAACAAAACUCGGCCCAGCUUAGCAAGGAGAAGGUUGAAUAUCAGCAGUAAUGAAUUAAAACCAACUGGCAGAUUUGAUGGAACUGAUGACAUGGUAACUGCGGCACGAAACUGAUACGCAAAUACAAAUUUAUACCUACAUUUUACACAAUUACAUUUUCAAUGUUCGUAUCAUGAAUAAAAUAUUCACAUAUAUCGUUCCUAUUGUUGCGCACUUGUAAUAAGGCAUGUUGAACCAGUUUUGGCCCCUCGGGAUAUCAACAGUUAUUGAUUGUAAAGUGUUACGAGAGUGUGAAUUGUGAGUACCAAAGAAAGGUACAAAUUCCGACUAAUUAUACAACCCAAAUCGUAUGCUAUCCAUGGAAUAAUAAAAAAAAACA